UGUAGGGUUGCUAUGAGUCUGAACCGACUCCAUGGUACCUACCAACAAAAGCCCUGAACGAAGAACCCCGAGAAGGUGCAGGAGGAGCCAGAGUGGGGGGAACGGGGCUUGUAAAGCAGGGCCCCUGGGGACAGACCUGGGUUGAAUCCCUGCCCAAUAAAAAACUCCUUGCCAUCCAGUUGAUGCCGACUGAAAGCGGCCCUGUAGGGACCAGAUGGAACUGCUCCGAGAACUGAGUGUCAGAGAGCAUAAUUUUACGGGAAUACAAAGUCCUGUCUUUCGACCGAGGAGCAGCUGGUGGUUUUGAACCACUGACCCUGACACGUCUCCAUCAUGCCAGAGUUGAUGACCUGGAAUCAGUUUCUGGUGCUUUAUCAGAACACCAGCACUGAUAGUGGGCACCUGCUGUGAGGGGCUGUUGUAAAUCUUACGUGGGAAUGUCUAGCACCUAAUAGAUGGCCACAAGUUAGUUCCCCUCCCCUGAAUCAAGGUGGGACAGGGAUAAGGGGAUAAGGGAUUAGCUUCCUGGGUGCUGGAAGGACCUCGGGGGUUGGGGUCAAGGCCAGGCAGCUCUCACAAUGGGCUAGAAUUCUCCCUCUCCCUAGGUUCUUACCUGCUUUUGACUCCUCUCCCUGUCCCAGGGAGGGGAGGAAAGGCCUAGGAUGGGUCUCUGGGGACACUUCUCCUCUGGAGUCCCUGUUCCUUUCUUCACUGCUGUGCGGGAAGCCCCUCGGUUCCUGGAAGCCCUUUUGGGGGGUGGCCCCUGAUCUGCUACCUGUCCCCAACUUGAACCAACUACUGGCUCUGCCCCUGUUUGGAAGUCAUCCUAUGAGGAGAGAUGGCUGUGGUGAUGAUAUUCUUCCGAUGGGUUUGGCGGAAGUUUGCUUGUUGGGUCCUGUCCUGGAAAACUCGACCUAAUUCAUGCAUCCCAGAAAACACUGAGUCCAAGAAACAGAUACUUAAAAGGAUGGAGAAGCCCGUUCACAUGACGGAACAUUUCAAGUUGGUGGAAGUCGCCAAAGGAGUCCCGUCCCCCAAAGAAGCAAAGUCCCUCAAGCUGGACGAGUGCCCCAAGAUGGAUGAGCUGUUUGUAGAGGAAUUCCUCGAGAUGGAUGGAUCUUCCAGAGUGUCCGAGCCUUAUGUAUUGCCCAGCACCACAGAUGGGAUGGUGCCGGGCCCCCAGGGCCGGUCCCUACUGCGGCUGCCCCAGACAGCGGUGCAGUCUGUCUCCACACUUAUGGUCUCAGCGCUACAGACCGGCUGGCAGAUGUGCUCCUGGAAGUCAUCUGCGAGUACUACCUCAGUUGCCUCCCGCAUGAGGACCAGGUCCCCCUUGGAGUCACCGGAAGCUGAGCUGCUGCGGGAGGUAUACCUGGUGCUGUGGGCUAUUCGGAAGCAACUGCGACAGCUGGCCCGUAGGCAGGAGAGGAGGCGGCGCCACAGCCGCAGCCACACAAGCCCCCAAACUGACCCAGCUCAGGGCCUGAAACAGGAUGCCCGAAGUCCCCUCUAAGAACUGUCCCCAGAUCCUCAGUAAAGCCCCCAGCUCCCUCUCAGGUGAGGUUGCUUGGGGAGGGAUCAGGGCAGUGGGCCCUGAGAGAUGAGUGAGGAGGAUUACGUAAUGUCUCCUCUGAUCGGGAGCCCAAGCCCAGACUUGGAGUCCAACCUACUCCCCUUCAUUCCAUUUAUUCCAUUUGUAAAGAACUAUCCAAAUAUUGGAAAAUAAAUAUCAGAUAUUUCUCAGUA